AUGGCCUCCGCCGGGCUGCCCCAGGCCCCCGCCGAGGACUCCCCCUGGCCUCUGCGCCUCCUGCACGCCCCCCCGCGGCUGCUGCGGCUGGACCCCACGGGCGGCGCGCUGCUGCUUCUCGUUCUCGCCGCGCUGCUGGGCUGGAGCUGGCUGUGGCGGCGCCCGAAGCGGGGCAUCCCCCCCGGGCCCACGCCCUGGCCCGUGGUGGGCAACUUCGGCUUCGUGCUGCUGCCGUCUUUCCUCCGACGGAAGAGCUGGCCGUACCGGCGGGCAAGGACCGGAGAAUUGAAUACCUCGGGCCUGGGCGUGCAGUUGCUCCUGGCAGACCUGGCCCGUGUGUACGGCAAUAUCUACAGCUUCUUCAUCGGCCACUACCUGGUGGUGGUCCUCAACGACUUCCAGAGCGUGCGCGAGGCGCUGGUGCAGCAGGCCGAGGUCUUCAGCGACCGCCCGCGGAUGCCGCUCAACUACAUUCUGACCAAGGGGAAGGGGAUUGUAUUCGCACAUUAUGGUCCAGUCUGGAGACAACAGAGGAAGUUCUCUCAUUCAACUCUCCGUCAUUUUGGCUUGGGAAAGCUUAGCUUGGAGCCCAAGAUUAUUGAGGAGUUCAAAUAUGUGAAAGAGGAAAUGCAAAAGAAUGGAGAAGUCCUCUUCAAUCCUUUCCCCAUUGUCAACAACGCUAUCUCUAACAUAAUUUGCUCUUUGUGCUUUGGCCAGCGCUUUGAUUACACCAAUAGUGAGUUUAAGAAAAUGCUUAAUUUUAUGUCACGAGCAUUAGAAAUCUGUCUGAACACCCAGCUCCUCUUGGUCAACAUAUGCUCCUGGCUUUAUUACCUUCCCUUUGGACCAUUUAAGGAAUUAAGACAGAUUGAAAAGGAUUUAACUAUUUUCCUUAAAAAAAUCAUCGAAGACCAUCGAGAGUCUCUGGAUGUAGAGAACCCUCAGGACUUCAUAGACAUGUAUCUUCUCCAUGUGGAGGAGGAGAGGAAAAAUAAUAGCAAUAGUAGUUUUGAUGAAGAUUACUUAUUUUAUAUCAUUGGCGAUCUCUUCAUUGCUGGCACUGAUACCACAACUAACUCUUUGCUUUGGUGCCUCCUGUAUAUGUCACUGAACCCCGACAUACAAGAAAAGGUUCAUGAAGAAAUUGAAAGGGUCAUUGGUGGUGACCGUGCCCCUUCCCUCACUGACAAGGCCCGGAUGCCCUACACAGAAGCCACCAUCAUGGAGGUGCAGAGGCUGAGCGUGGUGGUACCACUCUCCAUCCCUCACAUGACCUCAGAGGAAACAGUGCUCCAAGGGUAUACCAUUCCUAAAGGCACGAUAAUAUUACCCAACUUGUGGUCAGUACACAGAGACCCAGCCAUUUGGGAGAAACCAAAUGAUUUCUACCCUAAUCGAUUUCUGGAUGAUCAAGGACAGCUUAUUAAAAAGGAAACAUUUAUUCCUUUUGGGAUAGGGAAGCGGGUAUGUAUGGGAGAGCAGCUGGCAAAGAUGGAGUUAUUCCUGAUGUUCGUGAGCCUAAUGCAGAGUUUCACGUUUGCUUUGCCUAAGGACUCGAAGCCGAUCCUGACUGGGAAAUACGGUCUCACUUUGGCCCCACAUCCGUUUAAUAUAAUCAUUUCAAAGAGAUAAAUAACAUCUCCAUGAAGACACGGUGCAGAGAAUGUAAAUACACGUCCUUCUAAACAGAUUCUUCCUUCUGUAAUCGACAGCGGAUCCAGCAACUCUGCAGGUCUAGGUUAGGCGUGGAUUAGAGAGAGAUUGGAAAGAGGGUAGAGCACGUGGGACCUUUCACCUUGGAGGGUUCCUCAGGAGGAAACUUCAGCCGUUUUAGUAAGGCACGUGACUUGGGGGAUGGCGACGGAAGUACUGAAUGCGGAAGCAGGGGAUCCAGAUUUUAUUCCCAGCCGCCUCCACCAAUGAGCAUUUCUUCUCAUCCCUCAGUGCCUCAGUCAUUCCACGUGGAGAAUGACGGUAACAAAAUUUGACUUCUCUCUCUAUCUUGGCAUGAAUGAUGGUCAAAUGCUCCAUCUUUUCUGACAUCACCAAAGCACUGUUAAGCUCUGGAGAACAAAUUCAGGAGGAGAAGGAAGACCUACCUGUUUAAGACCCAGGACAACAUGAAAGUGGUGUUCAGACUUGCGUACUUCAUCAGAGAAGGACGUGGGUUUAGGGGACAAUGAAUUAGAGCUUUUCUUUUUGUUUUUUUGUGUUUUUUUUAACUUAAUUUCUUUUCGGCUGCGUUGGAUCUUUGUCGCUGCGUGGGCUUCCUCUAGUUGCGAUGUCAAGUUAAGAAAAGGAAGAGGGAAUAGACUUCCAAAAAGAGGGAGAUGGCCACAUGUAAUGUCACAGUGCAGAGGUCACCUCCUGAGGGACGGCUUCCGCUAAAGCCCUAUCUAAAGUGGCCUUUCCUGAGAACACCCUGCUAUAGACUGAAAGUUUGUGUGCCCCAAGAAUUCAUUAAUUGAAACCUGAUCCCAGUGUGAUUGUAUUUGGAGGUGGGACCUUUGGGACGUGAUUGUGUCAUGAGAGUGGAGGCCUCAUGCAUGGGAUUAGGAUCCUUACAAGAGCCCAGAGAGCUCCCUGUCCCCCCCUGCCAUAUGAGACUGCAGUGCAAAGACAGCCAUCCAUGAACCAGGAAGCAGGCUCUCACCAGACACUGAAUCUGCGGAUGCCUUGAUUCUGGACUUCUAGUCUCCAGACCUGUGAGAAGUAAACUUCUGUUAUUUGUAAGAUACUCAGUCUAUGGUAUUUUUGUUAUAACAGCCUAAAUGGACUAAAAUAUUCCCUGAUUCAUCACCCAGCUUAUUUCCUUCAGAGCCCUCCCUCCUCACUAUUUACAGUUACCCUGUUUAUUUAAAUCCUCAGUUUCCACCAUUUUUUUAACCUCUGGCCAGAGGUGCCCUUUGUUGCACAAGUUUUCAAUUUUGAUGAAGUCCAAUUUGUUUAUUUUUUUUGUUGUUGCCUGUGUCUUUGGUGUCAUAUCCAAGAAAUCAUUGCCAAAUCCAAUGUCAUGAAGGUUUUUGCCUGUUUUCUUCUAAGAGUUUUAUAGUCUUAGCUUUUAUGUGUAGGUCUCUGAUCCAUUUUGAAUUAAUUUUUGUAUAUGGUGUAAGGUAAGGGUCUAACUUUACUUCUAUGCAUAUGGAUAACUAUUUUUCCAACACUAUUUGUUGAAAAGACUGUCUUUUUCCCAUUGAAUGGUCUUGGUACUCUUGUCAAAAAUUGUUUGACCAUAUAUAUGAGGAUUUAUUUCUGGGUGGAUACUAUCUUUUAAAGUAAUGUAUCACUAAACAGUUUUGUAGUAACACUGGGAUAUUCAGACGAAUCAGUGAAACAAAAUAGAGAGCAUAUCCUCUAGUGUAUAAAAGUGGCAUCACAUUAUGAAAGAACAGGAAUAAUGUAUUUCAAAAAAUGCUAGGACAGUUGGUUAAUUACUUAGAAAACUAAAGUAACAUCUUUUCUCCAAUUAACUUAUUUUUCCAAGUUAAUCCCCAAAGGAUGAAUUUCCCAAAAUAAUCCAAGUUAAUCCCCAAAGGUCUAAAAAGUAAAAAGAAUACAUCUGUAUGUGUCUCUGAAAUAUUUGAUAUAUUCUAAGCAUGAAACAGUUAUGGACAUUUUGAAACAUACAGAAGUUAUCGGCAAAUCUUGCCUCAUCUGCAUUAUCCCACUUGCCUCUAGCCCCAUUCUGCACUGAUUUAUUGUGAAGCAAAUAUUAGACAUAUCGCACGAACAUAUUCAUAACAUAGAAUAUGACUUGCAAGGAUGGCUAAUCUCUAGUCGUAGUUACAUUUCAAAGAACUAUUGACAAGGGGUACAAAUCUAUUGACAAAAUAGCCUAAGAAAAUAUUUCAGAAUGUCAAAUCAAACAGACCAGAAGAACAUGGUUAAGCUAUUUUUCUCAAACAUGUUUACAAUUAAAUUACUAAUGGAACAACAACUGAUAAGAAUGCUACUGAAUGACCUAUAUCUUAUAGUUCCUUCUUAGUCAGGUUUACAACUCAAGAGUUUUCUUUCUUUAGGUUGUGCCUUAUUUAAAGGAAAAUUUUCCACAAGGAAUCUACCAAUUUGGCAUUUCUAAUUCUAAAACAUGACACUAAAGAGGGAGAUUACACCAGUGAAAACUCUUUUCUCCCAUCAUACUCUGCUCGGCAGCAUUUGUCCUCAGUGUAUUAUUUUUUUCAAUCUGAGCUUGUUUAGCAACCUUCUUCCCACCUGGUAUGCAAAGGCAUGUAGUGAAUUGUCAGUUAUUGUAGUUUUGAAAGAUACCUUCCAAGGAUAUUUAAGUCCUUUAUAUGGUUUCCUUGUACACAAACUAAUGUUCAUGAAAAAGCUGGUGCCUAAAGAUAAAAAUUAAAACAAAUUAACUAAAACCUCAGUAAAGCUGUUAUUUUUAAAAAGGGAGGGAGAGAGACAGAGAGAGAUGGCAACUAAAUGCCAUACUUGACUCUAGACUGGAUUUAGUACUAGAAGGAAAAAAAAACUAUAAAGGACAUUAUUAGGUCAAUUAACUAAAUUGGAAUACAGGAGAUCAGUUGGAUAGAAAUGUAUCAAUGUUAAAUUUACUAAAGUUGAUUACUAUCGUUACGUCAGAGAAUCACCCUAUUCCUAGGAAAUAUGCAUUGAAAUAUUAUAAAGGACCGUGAUGUGUGUAACUUAUCUCAGAUGGUUCAGAGAUUACGCAUAAUGUAUAUAAUAUCUGUCUUAUCUAUUAUAGAUAAGUAGAUCUAGGCAAUUGAUAAGAUAAAGCAAAUGUGAUAAAAUGUUAGCAAUAGGUAAAUAUGGCUAAGAGAUAUAUGGGUUCCUUUGUACUAUUUUUACAGUUUUUCUAUGUGCAAUUCUAAAUAAAUUGAGAAAAAUUACAUAUGAUUGAGAUCAUGAUUCUCAUAAAAAGGUCCACCCUCAUCUGGCCCCUGCCUACCUUUGCAGUCUCAUCUUCAUUCACCCAAAAGUACCCUGUGCUUUUGUUAUCCUAUGUUCAUGUAUUUCCAGACCACUCUCUAAUCUCGGUUCCUUCACAGACUACAUAUACAUUUUUCUCUCUGUCUGGAAUGUCCUCAAAACAUUUUCUCUGCCCGAAAACCUUCUAAUCAUCCUCACUACUCUGCUGUAAUAUAUCCAUCAUGAUGAAGUAGGUUAGGACACUGGUUAUGAGCAACAACGUUGCACUCGGGUAGACUGGGGCUCAAGACCUGCCUCUAUUCUUCCUGCCUAUCACACCUCAGGCAAGUUAUUUUCCUCUCUAAGCUUCCAGUUUUCCCAUAUGCAAAAAGAGAAUAAAAAUAGUGACAUCAGACUGAUGGGAGUGGAUGAGAAGUUACGUAUUACAUGCUUGGCACAGAGCCUGGCAAAUUAAGCAUUCAUUAAAUGCUAGUCUUCCCCUAGCCUCCCCCGCCCCCCUCACUACCCACCUCCCACAGCCCCUUGCAUUCCCUUCUGGAAAGCACAACAUUUUGUUCCA